AACGUUUCCUUCAUUUGUGAGUAGUUUUACUUGUGUAACGUUAACAAUUUAGCAAGCUAGCUAACGUUACUUGGCUAGCUUGCUAACGUUAGCUAGCUAGAAACAUGAACUGUUGCUAGCUAACUCAAUGGUAAAUGCGGUUAAGUUGGAUAGUAAACUAUCUGAUUGUGUCCUUGCUAGACGAGUUAUUUAGCUAACUAACUAGCUAACGUUAGAUUUGUUAGCUUGAUAUCGAUGUUUUAUUCGUUUUGGAAAUCAAUAUAGGCCCGAUGUAGUGGUAAAUAACUAAUAGGUGGUCAACUCUGAUUUGUCGGCCGCGGUGAAAGUAACACUUGCUGUACUUUUAAUGCAUUUUUCCGCAAAAGGUGUGUAAACUGUAGCGCAAAUUAAAAAGGUGGUGUCCACUGUCCAGUGCAUCAGGGGGAGUUUUAAUUGCUGGUGCAACCUAUAUAGUGGUCUGAUGCAUUGCCGAAACGUCCAGACUGGAACCAAACAAUGGACAGAGUAAGCUGCCCUGCACAGGUGUCACACCAGUCCUUGAUGGCAGCUGCAGUGUCUGUGGGUUUUCCUUUCUCCAUUGCACUUGACUGAUCAGCAAAUGUUAUUGAUUUGAGGCCAACGUACACCAGUGAUGUACUAUAUUAGUUAAUGUGCAACAUCCUGAACUUUACAGAUAGAAAUGGAAUGAAUAGGUUCUAGACGAUUCCCAUUUCUAGAUGACAGAAAAGUUUUAUGCAGAAUACAUUUUGUCUAUCUGAGCAUACGGUAAUGUUGCAUCUGAACAGGGCCCUGUUCUAAAUUAGACACUGACUAAAAGGGAAAAAGGAAUACCUGAAUCGUGUUCAUUAGCGCAUACUGUAGAAAAACAUUUUAAAAUAGGAAACACAAACAAGCUUAUUAAACAACAUUUCACUCCGUUUCGGGUCACUGUCUUCCAUUGCGUGCCUACUGAACAUGACCCAGCAGACACUGCGGCAGCCCUCCAGGUAUUGAGCCCAGCUGUACAGGCAUAAGCCCUGCAGGGUUUUAGUAUGGCUUCAGAGAAGAUGGAUGAUUGCAGUGGGACACUGGGGCUGAAUGUUUACGUCAAAGAGGAGGAGGAAGAGGUGCAGGUGGAGGAUUUCACAAUGAAGGACAAGGAGGCAUUCACAGUGAAGGAGGAGGAGGAAGCUUUCACAGUGAAGGAAGAGGUGUUGACUUUCACAUUUAAAAAAGAAGAGGAAGAGGUUUCAACAGUGAAAGAAGAGGACGAGGUUAUCCAAGUGAAAAUUGAGGAGGGUGGAGCAGAGAGGCCUAGCCCCAGCACCGAGACUAAAUGGGGCUCGAAGAGUGGAAAAAGUUUGAUACAGGAACUGGACUGGCGAGCUCCUGUGGAGAAACCUCACUGCUGUUCCCAGUGUGGCAAAACAUUCUCAGAGUCCGGAAACCUGAAGCAGCACAUGCGGACGCACAGCGGAGAGAGACCUUACCACUGCUCCAAAUGUGGGAAACGCUUCAUACAAUUGGGACACUUCAACAGCCACCAGCGCACGCACACGCAGGAGAAACCGUUCAGUUGCGGUGAGUGCGGGAAGAGUUUCUCUCAGAGAAUCAAUUUGAAGAAACACCAGCUCACACACUCCGGUGAGAGGCCUUUCCUGUGCUCUGACUGUGGGAAAAGUUUCUCUUCAUCUACCAACCUAAAAAGACACCAGAGCACGCACAGCAAUGAAAAGCCUUUCCAGUGCACCAACUGUGAGAAAAGUUUCACUCAUAUACACCACUUGACACGUCAUCAGACUGUACACACGGGGGAGAAACCUUACACUUGCUCUGACUGUGGGAGGAGUUUCUCCCUCCAGGGGACUUUAAAGAAACACCAGCGCACACACACCGGGGAGAAACCGUACCAGUGCUUGCUCUGUGGGAAGAAUUUCUCGCUUUCGGUGGCACUGAAGAGACACCAGCUCAUGCACACUGGAGAGAAACCAUACCAAUGCUCUCAAUGCGGGAAGAGUUUCACCCAAAAGGGACAAUUAACUCAACACCAGGGCACACAUGAACUAGAAAAGCCUUACCCCUGCUCCCAGUGUGGGAAAAGUUACUCCUCAGCCCCCUCGUUAAAAGCACAUCAGAGGACUCACAAAGAGUCAACGUCACUCGCAAUGACAGCACAUUUCAGAAAGUAAAUUAUUGAACUGGUUGUCUCUGAUUGGGAUUGAUAGCCUACAUUUGAAAAUAUAGAUUGUGCCUUAAUUGCUUUGUCAUGUUCAAACAAAACUCUUAAUCCCAAUUUAAUUUUCUCUCUGAAAUGUUCACUUGCACACUCCUUACAGAUUUAAAAGGAAUGGACUGGUUUGCAUUCAGUACCAGAGAACGGUGAGCAACCUUGAAUUCAAUGGAAACGGCACUUAAAAACUUUAAGCCAAUUGCAACCAUCGAUGGCCACCAGAUUAUCGCCAGCUGAUCUUUAGUUAAACCAGUAAUUGGCGCAAAAAUCACCUACACGGCUGAUCUCAAUUGCAACCAUUAUUGGACACCAUUACCUCUCCCUAAAGUGGAUGUUGGACUUUACUCUUAGUUCUGAUUUUAAGACUAUUUUGCCCUCUGUUGGGUAUUAUCAUCAGAACAAUUGAAUCCUGUUUUGUUUUUUUUGCAGAUUCAAGGUGAUUUUAAUCAAUUUGACAAUCAUUCCAUACAACUCAAGUAAAGUAUUUAAUUUCCUUGUUUUCCACAGCCAAUCUUCUAUGGCAGUGUAGCUUACCCUACACAUUUUAUGAUUGGGAAAAUCAUGGUGUAGGAUACAUUUAUUUCCAAUUUAUGUAAUCCAUUAAUGAUUUAACUUGUCUAAAUAAAAUAUGGCAUUUUUUUCCAUCGAGAGGUGAAGAACAUUUUCCUGAACUGUAGGAUACACAUUUGAAACAGUAUUGUAGGCAAUUUUUUUAUAAAAUGAUCUUGUAUUCUAUUUGGAAGUCAUUAUCUUAAUUUAAUUAAAAUGCUUCAUUUUUUUAUUUUGAUAUUUAAAUUGUCUAUCACGUGUUGCCACAAUCCAUAUCGCAGCAUAGCCUAGUGGUUAGAGCUUUGUACUAGUAACCGAAAGGUUGCAAGAUCGAAUCCCUGAGCUGACAAGGUACAAAUCUGUCGUGCUGCCCCUGAACAAGGCAGUUAACACACUGUUCCUAGGCAGUCAUUGAAAAUAAGAACGUGUUCUUAACUGACUUACCUAGUAAAAUAAAAAAAUAUAGUAAUAUUACUUCAUUGGGAUGGAAGUAGGGAACGCAGACGGACCAUUUUCGUUGUCUAUUAUCAUGCGGGCUUGACACUAACAACAUAUCAGUUGGUCUGUUAGUUUAUUUGGGUGUUAUUUUAGCUCAGAGCUCCGUGUAAUCUCCCAUAAGUAUUGUUUUAAGGAAACCAGCGUUAACACAGUGAUGAGUGCGUAGUUUGUUGCUUGUUUGUUGCAAUGAACGCGUGUGACUAUGGUGGCCCAGAGAGCAGAUCCCAUAUGGUUUGCUGCAUGAUUUUCCGAUGAUCCCACCAAUAUUGAUCAGGCAACACUUAACCACACCCACCAAACGGGAGUAAACAUACCUCAAAGGCUGUUGAAGAUGGGUGUGCCCUGUUUUGGGGUAACGUGUCGUUCAAUAGAAACCAUCACACAACUUAGCAAACAUUGAAGCGAACUGAAUGCACCCUUGGUGUUGUGCUGUGUUUGUAACCAAGUGAGAGGUGGGAAUUUCCCACUUUUGCAGUCGUAAAUACCAGUUGGAUGCAUUCGCAUGCUUUGAACUCGUUGAGAAACAUUGAUUGGCUAAUGUCCAACAAGCUGGGUGAACCAUAAACUAACAGUACAGCUAUCAUGCUUGUUAACAAAUUAGUGUUCAAAAACCAUAUUAGUAGGUAUUUUUUAUAAAUAAUGUGUUGUUGCAUUGAAAGGUCCAAUGCAGACGUUUUUAUCUAAAUAUUACAUUUCUGGUUAGCAAUUAAGUACCCUACUGUCUAUAAACAAAAAUAACUUCUUAGCAAAGAGCAAUUUCUCAAGCAAUGAAUGUUGCUAAGACUGUCUAGGUGGGGAAAAAUAGCUGUUAUUGGUAGAGGUUUGGAACUCUCUUUCUUAUUGGUCUAUUAACUAAUUUUACCACCUGUUGAUGUCACCAGGCAGGCCAAAACAUCCCACCAAAGCAGGCAGAUAUUUUAGGCUGUCUUCAAACAGCUCUUGUGCUAAAAUGGCAUUAAUCACAAUUUCACAGUAUUAUUCCAACCUCAUAGUGUAGAAAAAAUAUAAAACACAGGAAAAUCACGUUUUGCACUGCCCAUGCUGUCAGUCAAGAACAAAUUCUUAUUUAGGGCCUACACUGGCAAAACCCGGACGACGCUGGGCCAAUUGUGCACCGCCCUAUGGGACUCCCAAUCACAGCCAGUUGUGAUACAACCUGGUUUCGAUCCAGGGUGUCUGUGGUGACGCCUCUAGCACUGAGAUGCAGUGCCUUUGACCGCUGCGCCACCCAGUUGCUACAAUAGCACAGAUAUAUCCAUGAUUUUCCCCAGUGGUAUGUGGUUACAAAUGCACAUAGGGAAUGUGUUGGGAACUCCCUCAAGCCAGUGCAUACACCAAUCCAAUGGCACUAAAUCUUUGAGGGGGGAGUGAACAAGUGCACAACUUGGGGGAGAAACUAAAUUGGGUGUGCACACUUUCACUAAUCCCACUUUUCUAAUAUUGGACUGCACUAAGUAAGCAGACUGAAGUUCAAUGCUCACUGCAUGUAAUUGCUUAUUGAUGAUGCUAUACUGUAUUUUAUUCAUAUGAUCUUACUAAUGUGGUUGUAUAUAUUAUUUUUCCAGCCGUGUAAAACCAAGCAAAUUCCUGUCAACAUUGUUAUUGUAAAAUGUAAUCACCUCAACAGAUGGAUCAGAACUGCAAGCAACUUUGUCCAAGAUACAAGUUAGGCAUUAUCGCACAAAUUAAUAAAUAUAUCAAUGUAAUCAGCACA